UUUAUUUUUUGAGAAAGAAGAAUAAUCGACGAUAUUCCCUAUGCGACUUUCUUAAAUAUUGAGAACCGUUACUUCAUCGGUUCAUUCAGCCACCGUCACUCUCAAACCCUAAACCCUAAGCCCAAAUCUCAUGGCACCACCAAAGAGACUCCGUCCCGCUCCGCUUGACGAUCCUCCCACCGCCUCCUCCUCCUCUGACGAUGACCUACCACCGCCUAAAAAUCAAGAAGAUGAAGUAGUCGAUGAAGAAGAGGAAGAUUCAUCCGAAGAAGGAGAAGAAGAAAACGAUGAGGAUGAGGAUGAAGAUGAAGGUUCUUCAUCCGAAGAAGAAGAAGUUCAACCUACACCUCCUUCACAACUUGCUUCCAAAAACCCUCCACCUUCUACCCCAAUCUCAAACCCUAAACCCGAAUCUGCUUCCGAAUCUGAAUCCGAGUCUGGUUCCGGAUCAGAAUCUGGAUCCGAUUCUGAUUCUGAACCGGAACCUACUCCAUCUCCCAACGCCAAAGUCAAGCCUCUCGCAUCAAAGCCCAUGAAGACUCAAUCACAAGCCCAAUCCACUCCCGUACCGGCCAGAUCUGGAACAAAGCGUGCAAACGAAAACGGUUCUACACGUGCUAAGAAGAAAACAACCGCCGCCGGCGGUGGUUCCAACGACGAGAACGACGAGGAUGUAGAUGGUGACGUGAAAAUGUCCGGUGAAGACUCGAAGAAGAUCCAUCAGAGAAUCUUUACAGAAGAAGACGAGAUCGCCAUUCUCAAAGGCCUCGCUGAGUUCAUUUCCAAAACUGGAAAGGAUCCGAUGAAGGAUCCAUCAGCAUUUCACAGUUUUGUGAAGAAAUCCAUUCAUGCAGAUGCCAACAGCGAGCAGCUGAAGCGGAAGGUCCGUGGUUUGAAGAUGAAGUUCAGCUCCAGUGGUAGUUUCACUAGAGAGCAUGACAAGAAAGCUUUUGAACUUUCCAAAAAGGUUUGGGGCAAUAAUGGAGCCAAUGAAGCUGAAGAAAAUGGGAAAGUGAAUGAGAAAACUCCGAAGAGUACUAAGAAAGAAGCUCCUAUAAGAAACAAUGGUUCUACUAAGAAAGAAGUAGUUACCAAGAAGGGUACUGGAAAAUAUGAGAGUGAUGUUGAUAAAAGCUUGGCUUUUAGUGAAAUGAGUAGUUUUGGUGAUGCUGCGGGGUUGUCCUUGUUGAACAAGGAUGCCAUGAGAAGGGGAAUGGAAUUGAUGGGGGAAUCUAAGGUAGAUGAGUUUGAUGCCAGAUGGAGGAAGGUUCAAAUUGCGGAGAUGGAAGUGUUUGUGGCUCGCGGGCAGCUGAUUAAGGAUCAGACUAGGAUGGCAUUGGAGGCAUACAAGAAAUCAAUCAAUUAGGGUUAGGGUUAUCUUACUUAGGGAUGAUUUGGUGGCUAAUCUGGUACAUGUUUUGGAUAUGUUGCAGUUAAAUCAAUCAAUUGGGUUAUCUUACUUAGGGAUAAUUUUGUGUCUAAUCUGGUACAUGUUUUGGAUAUGUUCUCUAUUUACGUUUGCAGUGAUUGAUUUUGCGGAUAUCUUACUUAGGGAUAAUUUUGUGUCUAAUCUGGUACAUGUUUUGGAUAUGUUCUCUAUUUACGUUUGCAGUGAUUGAUUUUGCGGAUAUCUUAUGGUCAUUAACAACUGUGGAUUAUUGAUGAAUGUAUUAUGGGCGUUUGAUAUGUGAAAUUAUGAUGGUUGUUUGAUUA